UCCAGCCUUGCUGCAGCCCUAUAUAAGGGACAGAGCUGAGCUGGCAGAGCAGGAGCAUCCUCCUGGACAGCCAGGAGAUGUUGGCCACCCUCACCCUCCUCCUGGGGCUGCCCCUGGCCCUGGCCAGCGAGCCCCAGAGCUGCACCUCGCUCGUCCCCAUCACCUUCAACAGCACCACCAUCCCUCAGCUCCUGGGACAGUGGUUCUACAUCGCUGGUGCCUCCAGGUACCCCCCUCACCUGGCAGAGCUGAGAGCAGUGACAUUUGAGGCUUUUUCCUUCUCUCCUGGCAGCCACAAGGACGAGCUCAACAUCACUGAAAUCAUAAGGAUGAAUGAGACCUGUGUGGUGAGGAACUUCAGCAAGAUCCAGGUCUUCCACGAGAACUCCACCCUGGUGCAUGUUGAUGAUAACGGGGUGGCUUCCACGGCCAGACUGAUCCAAAGUGACAAAGACCUGCUGAUCCUGAACCACAUCAACAUUGACUCCCCAAAUCUGAGUCUCUCAGCAAGGACACCCAACGUGAGCAAGGAGCACUUGGAGGAGUUCAAAGCCCACCUGCAGUGCCUGGGCUUCACUGAGCAGGAGGUGUUCUACGCUUCCACAGAGCACGCCUGUCCCCUGCCUGGGGAUGAAGACAAUGCAGAUCCUCAGCUGGGGUAACCCCCAUGGACCAGGUCAGCUGCUCCAUCCUCAUCCUCCUCCAGGCUCAGCACAGCCUCAGAACCUCUUAUCCUAUUUUUCCUGUCCAUGUUUUGGUUUUCACCCAGUUUCACUGUUCUCAACUGAGCCCAAAAUAAACUCCUGUGUUUCACCCA